UGGCCUGCGGGGGCGAUGGCGGCGGAGGGCGGCGGGGCCGGCGGAGCGGGGCGGCGGCUGCCGCCGCACUCGCCUUCGGGCCUGGUGCUGGAGACGGUGGAGAUGCACACGGGCGGCGAGCCGCUGCGCGUCAUCCCGCGGCUGGAGGCGGCGGAGGAGAUGGCGGCGGGGGGGCUGUCGCUGCUGUCGCUGCGGCGGGAGGUGGCGGCCACGCAGGACCACGUGCGGCGGGCGCUGGUGCACGAACCGCGGGGCCACGACGGCAUGUACGGGGCCGUGGUGGUGCGCGGCGGGGCGGCCGCCGCCGGUGCCCACCUGGCAGCGCUCUUCCUGCACGGCGCCGGCUACAGCGCCAUGUGCGGCCACGCCGUCCUGGCCCUCGGCCGCUUCGCCCUCGACUACGGGCUGGUGCCGGCUCCCAGCUGCCCCGAAACCGCCGUCCGCCUGCGCUGCCCCUGCGGCCCCCUCACCGCCUUCGUCCCCUGGGACGGCCGCCGCAGCGGCAACCCCGUCCGCUUCCACAGCGUGCCCGCCUUCGCCGCCGCCACCGACUUGGCCAUUGACGUCCCCGGUCACGGGAAGGUGGUGGUCGACAUCGGCUACGGUGGCACUUUCUACGCCUUCCUCAGCGCCGAGCAGCUGGGCCUUGACGUGUGCUCUUCGAAGACCAGAGACCUUGUCAACGUGGCGAGUGCGGUGACAGAAGCGGUGAAGAAACAGUUCAAGCUUCAUCACCCUGAAAGUGAAGACCUGGCUUUCCUGUACGGCACCAUACUGACGGAUGGGAAAGAUGCCUUUAGUGAGGAGCCCACCACCAACAUCUGUGUGUUUGCAGAUGAACAGGUUGACCGAAGUCCGACAGGUUCGGGUGUGACAGCUCGCAUCGCCUUGCAGUACCAUAAGGGACUCAUCCAGCUGAACCAGACCAGGACCUUUCGGAGCAGCACCACAGGGUCCUUGUUCACUGGGAAGGCAGUGAAGGAAGCCAAGUUUGGGGACUACAAUGCUGUUGUCGUGGAAGUCUCGGGAGAAGCCUUUUACACCGGUACAGCCACCUUCACUGUCGAAGAGGAGGACCCACUGAAACACGGCUUCUUCUUCAAGUGAUCCAAGCCACUGGGCAGUGGCACAAGUCUUACCAAUGGUGCUGUGCUUCUCCUGCCUGUGCACAUCUGUUCUCCACACUGCUCGUUGCAAUAUGCCAGAGCAACAGGA